AUGAUAAAAUAAUAAAAUAUAUAGCAAUUAUUCCCUAACCUAUAAGAAUAAUCUUAUAAGAGUCUUGAAAAAGUGUAUGAAAAUAUUGCUCUAUAAUAAUUCCAUGUGUUAGUUUAACAAAUAAAAACUAAGUUUCCAAUUCCAAAUUAAAUCAAUCCUGUGUAAUUUCCUACAUAGGAGAAUGUAAUUGAAUUCUUUUAGAAUUAUAACCCAAUUAUUUUAGAUUUAACUAACAUAUAAGAUGUGAAGAUAAAGUUAUACAAAAAUGCAGCAUUUUAUGGUACUUUAGUUGAUGGUUUGAGACAAGGACAUGGCAUAUUAAUAAAAUAAACAUUAUAACUUUAUGAAGGUUAAUUUCUUAGAGAUAAGAAGGAUGGAAUAGGAUUUGAAUUACUGAAACAAAAUCAAUUUUAUUAUGGUUCAUAUCUAAAUGGUUUACCACAUGGAGAAGGAGUAUUUUGGUCAAAAAACUAAAAGUAUAUUGGUUAAUGGCAUUAAGGAAAGAAAGUAUAUAAUUAUAAAUAAUAUUUAAAUAGCAUGGAGUAGGAUGGUAUUAAGGAAGUCAUAGUGAUUAUUAUUUAGGAUAAUGGGAAAAUGGUAGAUGUUUUGGACUUUGUAUUUAUAUUAAUGGGGAUAUGUAUAAAGUGAAAUAAUAAUUUUAGAUUCGUUGGGAAUGUUACAAAUGAUCUUAAACAUGGUAAUGGUUAAGAGUAUUUUGAGAGUGGUGAUUAUUUUAAUGGAGAAUAUAGAAAUGGUAAACCUAAUGGUCAUGGUGAAUUUUAUUGGAAUAAUGGUAACUUCUAUAAAGGUGAAUUCAUCAAUGGAUAAAGAAAUGGAUAUGGAAUUUGGGAAGGUAAAACAUAAGAAGGAAUAAAUACAUAUAAAGGAUACUAUGUUAAUGAUAAAAAAUGUGGAGAAGGAAUAUUUGAAUAUGCUAAUGGAACUAAAUAUUAAGGUUAUUUUGUUGAUGAUAAAAGAUGUGGUUAUGGCGAAAUCAUUUGGUAAGAUAGAGCUACUUACAAAGGUUAUUGGGUUGAUGGAUUAAUGGAAGGAGAAGGAAUCUAUGAAUAUGAUACACUUGUACUUAAAGGUAAUUGGAAAACUAAUUAAUUAUAAACUAUUGAUAAACUUAGAGUUUCAUUAAAUCAAUUUCCAUAAUAACAUAAUCUAAAAGAAAUUAAUGAAAGUCAAGACAUUUUAUCAUAAAUCGCUGAUGAACCUGAUUAGGAUGAAAUUGGAGACUAAUUUUAAACUGAAAUUCUUGGAUGUAAAACUGAUAAUAGUAAUAAUGUUCAUCCAUAAAAUACAUCUAAUAUAUCACAUAAUACUAGUCAUAAUGAAACGUAAUUUAAUUAAAAAUUACCAAUCUUAUAAAGAUAAUUUGAUUUGCUUAGUCUUUUAGAUUCAAGUCUUUAAUUCUAAUCUUUAGAUGCUUCACAUAGAUAAAAUAGUUCAAGUAUUGCAAUUUAAACAGAAAGUAAAUAAAUAUUUUUACCUAAAUUAAAUUUGAAUCAGAAAAUACAAAAUUAACAUAGUAAAAGUGUUAAUCAUAACAAUAAUUAAUUUUAAUAUGAUUCCUUUUCUAACUCACCCAAAACUAGAGGAACUGAUUUAUCCAAUAAAUCGCAAAGACCUUAAAAUUUAAACAAACCUAAUAGAUCUAUCUAAUGUAGAAAUAGAAAAUAUAAAUAAGUUCUACUAUCCAAAAAAGAAUAAAAUAUUUGGGCUAUCAAGAUGAAUAAAUUAAAAUUAAGUCCCAAUAAAUAUAGCAAAUUAUGGAAUCAUGAAGUAAAUAUAUAUUUUCAAAUUAGAUUGUUAAUGAAAUCAAAUAGUUCCUUUAUCCUCCUAUUUGGAAGCCUCCAUCCCAUUUAACAUGA